AUGUCCACUUACAUACACCUGGUCAGCAUGAACGGAACGUUCACACCGGGUCCGACCUUUGAACCGCCUCCAUCCUCGAACGAGGUUGGCAAUGACACUCCUUCCAAGUCUUCCAUCCAUGCGCAUGCCGGUAGUCUUCCUAGCAACACCCACGCCCACGACGACAGCACCACGAAGCAGGAAAAUUCCACUCCCAGGUACAAAAAUAUGGUUCAGGAGGAUCUUAAGGGCAUAGGCUCCUGGGCUGAUGAUCAGUCAAUUCACUAA